AUGAACAGUUUGAAAUUGAAUUUGAAUCAUCGGGAAAUCUACAAUGACGCCAACUUUGACUGCUUUAGAAAACACUAUGCUGUUCGCAAGAUUUCACGUAGCACUAUUGGUCUUUUGCAGUUCGCUUUUGGUUGCAAAGCAAUGAGUUUAAAUGAUCGAGACAGAACGGAUCUCCUCAAUUUCAUCAACACUAUGCGCUCACUCGUUGCGCUCGGAGACUUUGAAGCGCAAAAUUUGCCUUCUGCUGGUGACAUGAACAAACUGAGAUGGGAUUGCGGUCUGGAGUCGUUGGCAGAGCAAGCUAUCGCCGAUUGUCCUGAAAAUCCACCGUCAGAAAUUCCGACCAACGGCGUAAAUUAUCGUUUCUACGGACGAAACUCGUCAUCACUCACGCUUAGAAAUUCUAUUCGAUCAGCAGUGCUGGAGUGGACAUCCAUAGAAGAUGUGAAUUGGUCAACUUCCAAUCUUUUCGACGGAAAUCCAACAUCGCGGAAUGUUGCCAAUAUGUUUCGUGCAACCACAACUGCGAUUGGUUGCUCCGAAAACAGGUGUGAGUUCAGUGCAUCGGCAGCAUGCGUCUUCUCGCAAUCUGGAAUACGAGCAGGAACACUGAUUUAUACAUCUGGAAGUCCUUGCAAAAACGACAACGAGUGCACUAGCUAUUCGCCAGCUUUUUGUGACUUCGGACUUUGCGUGAAUGCUGCCAGGCCAACUACAGAAGAUCCAAUUUAG